UUGAGAGUUUUAUUUUUCCUUUCCUUACAGUCAAGUGGUUUUCCGAACCUGCAUUAAGAUUUUAGAAGAGAACUUGUCGCGAAAAAAAAAGAGGUAAUCCUCGUAUUGGAAGAGGUAAAAGAGUAGUUUUUGUUAAUUGGGAUUUCGGAAAAAGAAGAGAAAAUGGUGAAAGAGACAGAGUAUUAUGAUGUUCUUAGCGUAAGUUCUUUAGCAUCUGAAGAGGAAAUUCGCAAGGCCUAUUAUCUCAAGGCCAGGCAGGUUCACCCUGAUAAAAAUCCAGAUGAUCCUCUUGCUGCACAAAGAUUUCAGGAAUUAGGAGAGGCAUAUCAGGUUUUGAGUGAUCCGUUACAGAGAAAUGUAUAUGAUCAAAAUGGAAAGUCAUGUGUCUCCAGGGAAACUAUGCUUGAUCCAACUGCUGUGUUUGCACUCCUCUUUGGGAGCGAACUUUUUGAAGACUACAUCGGACAUCUAUCUGUGGCGUCAAUGGCUUCCUCUGAAUUAUUCAGCGAAAACGAUAACCCUGAAAAGCUCCAUGAUAGACUCAAGGGUGUCCAAAAGGAAAGGGAAGAAAAGCUUGCUAGAAUACUCAAAGAUUUUCUUCAACAGUAUGUCCGUGGUGACAGAGUGGAAUUUAUACGUCAUGUAGAAUCUGAAGCUGAACGGCUUUCACAAGCAGCAUUUGGAGAUGAGAUUCUUCAAACUAUUGGAUACAUAUACACAAGACAGGCAGCACAAGAGCUUGGAAAGAAAGCAAUUUACUUGGGAGUUCCAUUCGUGGCCGAGUGGGUUCGCAACAAAGGUCAUUUCUGGAAGUCACAGCUUACAGCAGCAAAAGGUGCUUUUCAACUGCUACAACUUCAAGAAGAUGUUCGUCGCCAGUUUAAAAUGGAUGGUAGUGGCCCUGAAAAUGACGUUGAAUCACAUCUAAGAUUAAACAGAGAAACAUUAAUGAAUUCGUUGUGGAAACUAAACGUUGUAGACAUUGAAGUAACUCUUUUACAUGUUUGCCAACUGGUGCUACAAGAAGGCAAUGUGAAGAAGGAAGAACUCAAGAAACGCGCGAUGGCUUUAAAGAUUUUGGGGAAAAUAUUUGAGAGGGAGAAGUGUGUUGGAACAUCAAAAAAGAAGACAAUAGGUGAUAUAAAUGGUGAUGAAACCAGUUCAGAUAGCAGUGAUGAUGAGGAAGAUUCACCAAGAACACUAAAUUAUAGAACUCCUCUACUCACACAGGGAAUUGGUAGACUCUUUAGAUGUCUAUGUAAUCCAGCGUUUGAUGUGGAUGAUGAAGAAAUUGUAUACAAAGGCAAAUGAUAUUCAACGCCCUUUCAUAUCGAUCUUCAUGACAUGAACUAAUUUUCUUGGCUUCGAUUUCGCCCCUAAAAUUUAGCUUUUAACUAAUUAAUUAUCGCAUUACGGAUAUUGGAAAAACUCAGAAAGGCGUAAGCCAAUAUUAUUUGUGCAGCUUGUUUUGUAAUUGGAAAAACAUGUAAUGAAAUACUAUGGUUGUUUUAAAUGAU